AUGUUUAGAAACUGGUCAAUCGGCAAUGAAAUAGAGAAAAGUGAAGACUUCACAAAGCCUUUAUCGGUGGAAGAACUGGCGAUACAAGUGAAGAGGUUAGUUCGCCACGCCUACAGUGUUGAACAUAAGCCGACUGACAACAACAACAACAUGCCUUUACUGAAAGGGAAGACCAUUCAACACAAGUUUAUGGUUGACGGAGAAGAAACAUGGUAUAAUAGCACUCUACAAGCUACUGAAGGACUACCAGGAAGGAAAUCUGAAGAUUGUGGUGAACUAAAUAAGAUUGAUGAGCAUGCUUUGCAGUGGAAGAAAAGAAUAGUGUCAAAUAAGCUGAGAGAAGAGUUUAGUGCCAGUACACAGCAGGAGUUUCGAGUUUAUUUAAAGAUCCAGGAUAAUCAUGAAGGUCAUAUGGUUGGAGAGAAUGCGUGUGACAUCCUAAAUGAGAGGUUGUCCCGCUUGAAAGAUGAGAUGCCGGGAAGCUCCUGGGAGGAUCUAGUAUCUGCAGCAUUUUUUAAACGUAUACAGUUGUCAGCUUGUGGAUUUAACAGGCCUGCUAAGACAGAAGACUUUGACCCGAAUAAAAAGGGUGGAGAACUAGUGGAAUAUUUAACAUAUGGAGUAGCCUGCACGGAAGUAGAGAUUGAUGUUCUUACAGGAGAAACGCAAGCCUUACAGGCAGAUCUAUUUAUGGACAUUGGCAAAAGCUUAAAUCCUGCAAUAGACAUAGGGCAAAUUGAAGGGGCCUUCGUUCAAGGUCUCGGAAUGGUGACAUCAGAAAGUAUGGAGAUAGACCAGAAAGGUCGGACGAAAAACUGUAGUUCUGUAGGCUACACAAUACCAAACAUAACAAGUAUACCACGUAAAAUGACGGUGAGCCUACUAAAAAAUCACGAUGUUAUCACGAGCUUUAAUUCUUCAAAGGGGAUAGGAGAACCUACAUACCUGCUGUCGUUCUCUGUCAUGUCGGCAAUUAAGGAGGCAGUACUUGCAGCACGAACGCAAAUAGGAAAGAAUGGAUAUUUUAGACUUGACUCUCCGGCAACUGUACAAAGGAUCCAAGAAGCGUGCGGUCCACAAAUCAAUCAUUGCAUGUUAGAAAGUGCAGAUUGAUAAUCAGUAGAACAUCAUGCACUAUAAAAUUGAAAGUAAUUGUGUCCAAAUGUGCCUACUUCAGUAAGAAAAUAUUUGAUAAAGAAUGUUGUCAACUUAAUCGGAAAUGAUAUAUUUUUAUUUGUUUGUUGCAGGUAUAUUGUUUUGUUUAAGCUUAUAAGGUGCUCAUUUAUUUUAUUAUAGACGGAGCGCUCAUAAUGAGCUUUUAGCAUUGCCGCAUAUUCUUGUAAACUAUCUAGCCAGUUACUACAAGACUGCUCUUUGAAGGUCUCAUUUUCUUUCAGAUUCCUUUGAAUAUUGCACAUCCAUGCAGAAUCCAUAUUGCCAAGGAAACCUGAAGGAAAACAAUUAGUAGUCAUCUUCUCUGCAACCGCUUGCCCAAUUUCAGCUUAU